AUGUGGAGUUACCUGCAAAUCAUCUUUCCAUGUCUUAUUUGGCUGCCCAAAUACAGAUGGCGACACUUGAAGGGAGACUUGGUAGCGGGCUUGAUCACAGGGUUGUCAGUUCUUCCUCAGGGCCUCGCUUACGGACAGAUUGUCGAACUGCCUGCACAGUACGGCCUGUAUUCCUCCAUAAUGGGAAGCUACACAUACGCCGUCCUUGGCGGAUGUAAGGAUGUUGCUGUGGGACCAUCGGCUGUCGUCUCCAUAGUCACAGCUGAAUAUGGAACUGGAAGGUCGCCGAUUGCCAAAGAUCCAACAUACGCAACCAUUCUGGCUUUUGUCAGUGGCUUCAUACUACUGACCGCUGGUCUCCUCAAAAUAGGCUUCAUCUUCAGUUUCAUCUCGCAGCCAGUGUGGAAAGGCUUCAGGGCCGCGGCAGGGAUCACCAUCUUCAUGAGCAGGAUUAAGAAAUGGUGGGGUCUGCUUGGAGUUCCUCGCCAGUUUCUCUCGCAACUCUACUGGACACUGAAGCGGAUUUCCGACACGAAGUGA